AUGACAAGAAAUGCAAGGCGAACUGAAAAAGGAAAAGUUUUAGAGAAACAGACAAAUUUACAAUUACAUGCUUAUCACGUAUCUGGGCUUCAGUUUCAUCGUUUGAGCAAGUUUAUUCCUAAACAUUCAAUUCUAAUAAUGGGAAGAAGUAAAUUACAAAUAUAUGGUCCAAAUGGUGAAAUUUAUCAACCUACAUUAAAACUUCAAUCAAAUACUAAUCCUGAAAAAGAUGCUGAAGAACUUCAUCAAGCAAUGAAAGGAUGGGGAACUGAUGAACAUCGUAUCAUUAAUGUUUUGGGUUAUCGUAAUUCUAUUCAACGAAUUCAAAUACGAGAAACGUUUAAAGCAAUGUAUGGAAAGGAUUUAAUAGAUGAAUUAUCUAGUGAAACAAGCGGUCAUUUUAAAGAACUACUUAAAAUGUUAUUAACUGAUAUAGAUAUAGUGAAUGCACGUGCAUUAUAUAAAGCAAUGAAUGGUGCAGGUACUGAUGAAGAAACAAUUAUUGAAGUUUUAUGUACAUCAACUAAUACUGAAAUUGAAAAUAUUAAACAAGCUUAUCAAUAUGUCCUAAAGGCUUAUGGAGUCAGCGAUCCUAGAAGAACUUUAGAAAGUGAUGUUCAAAAUGAUUUAAGUGGACAUUUUCAAAAUCUAGUCGUUGCAUUACUUCAAGCUAGUCGUGAUGAAAUUUCAUAUGAAGAUGUUGAAAAAAUUAGUACAAAAGGAUUGAAAAGUAUAGUGAAUAUGAAUCAAGUUGAACAAGAUGUUGAAACAUUAUGGGAUGCUGGUGAAGCACAUCUAGGAACUGAUGAAUCUGCUAUCAUUCGAAUUGUAACCGGUCGAAAUGUUUGGCAUUUACAAGAAGUUGCUCGUCUGUUUGAAAAGAAAUAUGAUAAAACAUUGGUCGAUUCAUUAGCGUCUGAAACAUCUGGAGAUUUUGAAAGCGCUCUUUUAUUAACCUUAAAUACUUGUUUAAAUCGUCCAAAAGCUUAUUCUGAUUUAUUGUUGAAAGCAAUGAAAGGUGCCGGUACCGAUGAUUGUACACUAAUGCGUAUUAUUGUGACAAGAAGUGAGUUUGAUUUAGGAAGUAUUUGUUCACAAUUUCAUAAUGAUCAAGGUAGUUCACUUGAAGAUUGGAUACGUAGUGAAACAUCUGGUGAUUAUAGACGACUUCUAUUAGCAUUACUUGGUGCUGAUUGGCAAUAG